GUACAACCCGCACAUUUGACAACGAAAACAUGGCAGAAUCUGGCGCCGUGACCACGUCGUCUACGUCCGAGCGGGAGUUCGUCGUGCCGCUGUCGCAGAACCUGCAGCAACGCCUAGGAGACCGACAGUAUGAGAAGCGCAAAGGGGCUGCUCUGGAAGUGGAGAACCUCGUGAAGCAACUCGCGGAGAGCAAGGCGCCGGCAGACAAAGAUGCGAUUCCGGUGGUGAUUGACUUGUUGGAGAAGAAGUUUACGCGGUCCGUGAAUGCGAACUUCCGCAAGGGGGGACUCAUUGGACUGGCGGGGACGGCGAUUGGACUUAUGCAUAAUGCCGAACUGUACCUGGAUGCGCUCAUCCCCCCUGUGUUGCACUGCUUUGACGACACGGAAGCCCGAGUCCGGUACUACGCAUGCGAGAGCUUGUACAACAUCGUCAAGGUCGCUCGUGGCGCUAUCCUCAAGUACUUUAACCAGAUCUUCGACGGGUUGUGCAAACUUUUUGCUGAUGUGGACACGGACGUGAAGAACGGUGCGCACUUGCUCGAUCGACUGGUCAAGGACAUUGUCACCGAGAGCGAAGUGUUCGACGUGGACAUGUUCAUUCCGUUGCUGCAGAACAACAUCCGCAAGUCCAACCCGUACAUCCGCCAGCUGAUUGUGGGCUGGAUCACCGUCCUCGACUCUGUCCCGGACAUCGAGAUGCUGGACUACCUUCCCGACUUUCUCGACGGCCUCUUCAACAUGCUCAGCGACGGCAACCGCGAAAUCCGACAGGCGGCAGACAGCGCCUUGAGCGAGUUCCUCCGGGAGAUCAAGUCGACGCCAUUCGUGGAUCUGGGGCCCAUGGUGCACAUCCUCGUGGCGCAGUGCCAGUCCAAGGAGCGGUUCACGCGGCUAACGGCGGCGACGUGGGUGCUGGACUUCGUCGUGCUGGGGAAGGAGCGCCUCGUUCGCUUCUACGCCGAGCUGCUGGGGGCGAUCUUGACGUGCAUUUCCGACGCGGAAGGCGAGAUCCGGCUGGUCGGCGAACGGGCCAACGCCGACUUGCUGGCGCUGGUUAAAGCCACCACAGGUGACGUGGACUUUUUGCCGCUGAUCGCCAAGUUGAACGUGGAACUGGUCAGCACGUACAUCCCGACGCGGCUGGCGUCGCUUACGUGGAUCUCCAUGUUGUUGGAGAAGAAGCCGACGCAACUGAGCUCCCAACUGAGUGCGUUGCUGCCGACGUUGCUGAAAACCCUCAGUGACACGUCGGACCAAGUGGUGUCGCUCAACUUGGAAGUGCUCGCGCGCCUGAGCACCAACUUGACCCAGCUCGAGUUUUCCAAAGUGCUCCAAGCCGUGAUCCAGCUCUUUGCCACCGACGCCCGCCUCUUGGAAAAGCGAGGGUCCCUGAUUGUGCGCAAACUGUGUACUCUGUUGGACGCCAAGAGCAUUUACAUGGUGUUUGCGACGGUGUUGAGCUCCCACGAAGACCUGGACUACGUGUCACUGAUGGUGCACACGCUCAACCUGAUCUUGCUUACGGCCAACGAACUGGAACACUUGCGGGCGGUGCUGCGACGCAGUUUUGAGCCGAAAGCGUCCAAGGACGACGUCGACGUGUUUACGACGCUGUACAAGACGUGGUGCCACAACCCCGUGUCCACGUUCAGCCUGUGUUUGCUGGCCCAGUCGUACGAGCUGUCGAGUGCGCUCGUGUUGAAAUUAUAUCCUUUUCACCGUGUGAUAUAUAUAUAUAUAUUUUUUUUCUAUGCUUUCAUGGUUUCAUUAACCGAACGAAUGCUGCACCAGCGAAAUCGACGCGUCCGUGGGGUUUUUGAUGCAAAUUGACAAGCUCGUGCAGUUGCUCGAGUCUCCCAUCUUCAUCCAACUGCGCCUGCAAUUGCUGGAAACUCACGCGACGUACCAUGUCAAUCUCAUGAAGAGCAUGUACGGCCUCCUCAUGCUCUUGCCACAGAGCUCGGCGUUUCGGACGUUGCGCGACCGACUGGCCAGUGUGACCUCCAUGGCGAUGGCCAUCUCUCGACCCCAGUACCAACCCCCCCCGCCACCUCCGGCGUCGCCUGCCACCAGCACCGAGAAGAAGGAGGGCGUUGUCGGCGUGUCGGUGCCUACCCUACUGGCGCAUUUCGAUGCGGUCCAAGCCAAGCAUACUGCCCUUCGUCAGCAUGUGUUGGCCCAGAAGUCGGUGAUUCGCCAACCUUCCGCCCUGCUUCCUUCUACGACUUAAUGGACGUUGAUAGUAUGGUAAUGUCAAAGCUGAUGGAGACACGAGAACGGUACUUUGGCAACGAGGCCGAGCUCUCGCGUACUAUGACGCUGGGUUUUUAGUCUAUGGCACGUGGGGGAAAGAAUGUACCAUCCGCAAUGAAAACCAAAGGGAUGGCAGCACUCCCAUGGAGGAUGGGAGGUCUCAUACACCCACACGCCAAGGAUCAAUGCAUACUUCUCGCUACUGCAAUGCUUCUCCAUGGGGCUAUCUAUCCCUCAGAGAGAAGAUUGACCGGACAUGGCAUGUCUAAGACAAGCUCCCACAUGUAGAUGCAACGACGGUGCGCCGUUGUGGAACGAUGUGAUCUCACGACAAUUCGUCACUGG